GCUAGUGUUUCCGGGGCGGGCGGAUCGGGGGCCGGGGUCGGGUCGGGGCCGGGAGCAGCGGCGCCAGCGAAACAUCUGUGACCUUGACUUGUCUUUUACCUGUUGCAGGUGUGUGUGUGAUUCAGCAAUGUCGGGCUUACUCGACUGGCUGUACAAUGGCUUCACCAGUAUGCUGCAGUUUCUGGGUUUAUAUAAGAAAUCAGGGAAAUUGGUCUUCCUGGGCUUGGACAAUGCUGGGAAAACCACCUUAUUGCACAUGCUGAAAGAUAACAGACUGGGGCAGCAUGUGCCAACAUUGCAUCCCACAUCAGAAGAGCUGACUAUUGCAGGAAUGACUUUCACUACCUUUGACCUCGGAGGUCACGCACAAGCCCGAAGAGUCUGGAAGAACUACCUCCCUGCAAUCAAUGGGAUUGUUUUCCUGGUUGACUGUGCAGACCACUCGCGGCUUGCUGAAUCUAAAGUGGAACUUGAUGCAUUAAUGACAGAUGAAACAAUAACUAAUGUUCCCGUCCUCAUCCUGGGUAAUAAAAUCGACCGAUCGGAGGCCAUAAGUGAGGACAAACUACGGGAGAUCUUCGGGCUAUAUGGACAAACGACAGGAAAGGGGGGUGUGCCAUUGAAAGAACUCAACACUCGACCACUAGAGGUGUUUAUGUGCAGCGUGCUGAAACGUCAGGGAUAUGGAGAAGGAUUCCGCUGGCUGUCGCAAUACAUCGACUGAACCUGAGAGUAAAUUAUGCCACUUUGGACUGAACUAGUUUGCAGCUGUCUACAUGAUCUUCUUUUCCUCUCCUCUGCUUCCUUUCCAAAACAACAAAAAAACAGGUCACACAGCUGUUGACAAGAUCGCAAUGCCUAGCAGGGGAGGUUUCAGAUCCAGGUUUUUAAAGUAUAAACCUGACGUAGGCGUUUGUACCUGGUUUAACAUUACAACUGUUUGCCCCGAGUGUGGCCUGUUUACAACCCCCCCCCCCCCCCACCCCCUCCCCCCCCCUCAAUAAUAGUCAACUGAGAAUUCACACUCGAGUUUGGCUAUACAAUGGUCUUAGAGAUAUAUGUGAGGAUUUAUUUUUUGUGCGUGUUCCUUUCUUGUGAUGCUCUGUGCUCCCGAAGAUAUCCAGGUAUAUCUGCCCCUCUGGGGCCACGUCAUAGAAGAAAGCAUGGGUCGAAUGGAUGGCAGUGAACUGACCACUCUACAAAGCAUUUUAACCAAAUCAAGUGAUAAGCUGAAUAGUGUUCACAAGUCAACUAUUCAAACAUGUUCCCUGUCUGCGCUGAUUAUGGUAAGAGCCAUUUUCCUGAAGCUCGGAAUGGUUUGAGGCCAAAAUUGAAAUAUGGCUGAUGUAAACGUAACCAUUCAGGACUUGAAGCUCCCAUGAAAUGAGGCUGUGGGAACUGUUUUGUUAAAAUUCUCUCUGCUGCCAGUUUAUUCUAAGUGGGAUGUGCUUUACAUACAUGACAUUAAUAUUUGAAGAUAUGCCAGUGGUGUUUGGACUGGUUAAAUCACGAUCAAUUCAUUAAUGUGAUUCAGUUUGGUUAAUUAUCUUACUGUCGACUCUGUGUGGCUGUAGUUGUCGUGUUGGUGUAUCGUGCAUCGAGGUGGAUUGUAGCCAGGGUUUGAGUAUGAACUGGGGAUGUUUCAUCAAUAAACAGCCCCAGUUUAGUUUUAGGUAUAUAUAAAACUGCAUAUCAGAAAACAUCAUAUUUUAAAAUUCAGAUAUUUAACUUUGUAAUGGAAUGAUGACACAGUGAGUUUUAUUUUGCCAAUUGGGUGUAACGGGAUCUUGGGAAUUGGAAAAUGAGCAAAGUGUGUCUCAGGUGGAUAGAGUGUAAUGCAGUCUGUUUGGACUUGUUUAGUGAGUCAUUCUGAAUAACACAAGCUGGGUGGCGUGGUUUACAAGAUGGGUUUGUUGCAGAAAUUAUUAUCUUUUAAGGGGCUCACGAACUGGUGGAAUUGCCCAAUAUCUUGCACACUUUUAAUGUAAAGCUUUUAUAUAAAAAAUGUGAACAAAUUCAUACACCUGGUGCUUUUAACUGUGGAGUCAAAAUGGAAGUACACAGGCUACGUAAUGCUGGGAACUGUUUUACAAAUAUGUUCAAAUAGCUCGUGUCAACAAAACCGAACAGUGGGUGCACAUGGAACAGGGAAUUUUAAAUCUCUGUUCACUGAACUAGGUAAUACUUACAAAAUGAAUAAGGCUGCAUUAUCAACGAUGUGGACUGUUAUCAAACAGCCAUUCCACCAGGAAAUUGAAGGGAAUGAAAAGUGGUUGGUCAACACCAUGUUAUAUUUUUUCUUGCUUCUAAACUUUUGCCUCUUGCACAGAAUGGUGGUGUUCUUUCGCGGUUGAUGAAAGGAUGGAGACAUUCUGUCGUGGCAUUCUCCUUCUGCCAAACAAGAGAAAAUCAAAUCGCACCUUCUCCCUGUCGAGAAAUAAAUGUCUGUCUCGGGAACGCCAAGCUGGCUGUUUUCCUCUGUUGAGGCUUAUUUUGCCAAACCAGACAAAGACUCAUUACUUCCAGUAGAUGCCAUUUAAUGAGAAUGUUAUGUUUGUACUUUAUUGUCUCUUUAGGCUCUUCCAUUUAAAAAACCCACAUCAUUUGCUCUAAAUGAGUGAUUGGAUAAAGAAAAUGUCUUGCUUGUCCCAGGAGCAAGGUCAUGUUUCCACAACAGAGGCAUCAGCAGAUAUUCAUUUGAAGGGCAUUUAUUUAUCACUGUGGCAGUCUGAGUGGAUUUUCCCUUUUCCUAAGCAUGACUGCAGAACUAGAUAUAUUCUUUCCCCCUUCCCUAAAGGCUUUUGGGCUUUAAACACAACAGGUUAGUACUGUACCUGCAGUAUUACUCAGUUAUUACUGUUCUACAUGUUUGGGGUUAUUGAUCUCCACUGAGAGGGUAUAGGUGACUGCUUUAACAUUUCACCAAUCUGAUGCCUUCCCCAACUUUAUUCUUGCAAAAAACUAGUUCUCGCCCUCAAUUUGUUCAUUCUUUAUGUGGUAGAAAGAUAACUUGCAACGUGUAUAAAUGUAUUAUAAAUCAUUGCUUUAUUUGAAUAAAUGUACUUGUAUA